AUGAAGAGGGGCGAGGUGCAGACGGAGUGGAAACAGGCAGUCGGCGACAGGGAGAUAGCAUCUGUGGUCCUUCAGCUGGGCAAGGACAGGCUUUUCGUUGGCUGCGGUCAGUCCAUUCAUGGCUACACACGCAAGGGCAAAGAGUUCGUAAAGAUCCAGACAAACCUGGCGGAGACGAUCAACCACCUCUUUGUGCACGAGAAUGUGAUCUGGACAGGCGGGGAGUACAUCAUGAACAUUUACGACCAGUGUGCAGAUUGCGGCUCUUGCUCCGUCAAAGACCGCAUCAACGACUUGCUGUGUGCGCCCGUUGCCCCAGGGGACAUGUUGAGCGCAAUCGUUGCUUGCCAGGACAAGUUCAUACGGAUCUACAACGGUCCCAGCCUCUAUCACGAGUUUGGCGUCGAGGGCCCUGCUUCCGCGCUGGGCUUCUACAGCGAUCCUGACCCGGAGACCCGGAAGAGUGGUGAUCCUAUGCUCAUGCUCUACGGCACCGAACAAGGCAACGUCAACCUGUGCAAGGUUGAUGCGAAGCAGAUGCAGAAGACCGCCACCAUCUCGGAUCGACAGAUGAGACCUGGUAUGGCAGGUCCGGCGGCGGCGACGCGGAGGGCCAGAGUCUGCACCCUGCACACGGCGGACGUCCUGAAGAGCGGCACUUUGGACUUCCUGGUGGGGCGGGACGACGGCAACUUCGAGGUCUGGAACCUCGGCGAGAGCUCCGUCGCCGCCUUCUCGAACGGCAUGGACCAGCUGCCGCCGACCCUGUGCUUCGAGACCUGCCUGCAGGAGAGCAUCCAGUCGAUGGACUCCGGCAACGUCACCGGGAGCGAGCACACGGAGGUGGUCCUGACCACCUACGGCGGCAAGGUGCUCGCCUUCACGCCCGAGGGCGCCGCGAGAGACCCCACUGGGGCAGCGGUGGCGCAGAUGGAGGAGCCCGACGGGUGUGCUUUUGGAUAA